CUAAACGACAUGUGCCAAAUUCAAUCGGCAGUACAUCUUCACUCAAUCAUCCUCCUCAGAAUAGAAUCACAGAAAGAAAAGAAGAAAACGAAAUGGGUCAGCCCAAGAAGCUCUCCUUCAACGUUCAGCUAGUCCUGCUGCUGCUCCUCUUUGCACCUCAAGCGCUAUCGCUAUUGCUGUCGCCAAACUCGUCAUCGAGCCUGUACCGAGAGUACAUCGGAGCUCAGUUCAAGGGCGUCCGGUUCUCCGACGUCCCAAUCCACCCGGGCGUCGAGUUCCACUUCAUCCUCUCCUUUGCCAUCGACUACGACUCCUCCCCGUCCCCGACCAACGGCAAGUUCGACGUCUACUGGGACACCGACAACCUCACUCCCGCCCAGGUCGCCUCCAUCAAGUCUGGCAACUCCAAAGUCAAGGUCGCCGUGAGCCUCGGAGGUGCCACCGUUGCGGACAGCACUGUCUACUUCGCUCCCUCCGACCCAGAUUCCUGGGUCUCCAACGCCGUUUCCUCCCUCACCGCGAUAAUCAAGCAGUACCACCUCGACGGCAUCGACAUCGACUACGAGAGCUUCCGAGCUGACCCUGCCACCUUCGCCGAGUGCAUCGGGCGGCUGAUAAGCACCCUCAAGAGCCGUGGCAUCAUUUCCUUCGCAUCCAUCGCCCCGUACGCCGAUGACGCGGUCCAGAGCCAUUACCUAGCUCUGUGGAGCAGGUACGGCCACCUCAUCGACUAUGUGAACUUCCAGUUCUACGCGUACGACGCGGAGACGACCGUGUCCCAGUUCAUCGGCUACUUCAACGAGCAGAGCCGGAAUUACCGAGAUGGGAAGGUCCUGGUGAGCUUCAUCAGUGACGGGAGCGGUGGGCUAUCGCCGGCGGACGGGUUCUUCACAGCGUGCGGGAGGCUGAAGAGCGAGGGGAAGCUGCACGGGAUCUUCGCGUGGUGCGCCGAUGACUCCAAGGCCGAGGGUUUCAAGUACGAGAAGCAGUCACAGGCGUUGCUCGCCAUUUCUCACUAGAGUUGCUACCGUAUUCCGGUGCUGUCCGUGUGCUUUGUCUAUGAUUUCGUUGCAAGCAGUACAAUCAGUACUCGUUCCCGUGGUUUGAUGUAUAUUUGAAAGAUGUAAUCUAUGCUAUGAAUUUGUGAACAAUUAUAUAAAUAUUAUGUCUAA